AUUGGGCGUGAACCCACCAUUAAAAGUUUUGCCGGUUUUUCAGGCUCCGUGCCACGCCACGCAACGGCGGACGGAACCAUAGAAACGGUCGGUUGGGUCACGCGUGCCGGGAAGGAGGAAGGCAGAUUAUCGUGUGCACCCCCUUAUAAAAAUCGCAGGCGAGAACGCGGCACUGGCAUGAGCGGCGAGAGCAACAAACGCAGCAAGAUGUCUUCGUCUCUGGAUCAGCUCAAAGAAAUCACCACCGUGGUCGCGGAUACAGGGGACUUCGAAGUGAUGAAGCAGUACAAGCCCACGGAUGCCACAACCAACCCAUCCCUCAUCUUGGCGGCGUCCAAAUUGCCACAGUAUUCACACUUGGUUGACGAAGCGGUUCAGUAUGGCAAGAAAACCGGAAAGACACCCAAAGAGAAGUUGACCAAUGCCAUGGACAAGCUGGUGGUGCUCUUUGGCAGCGAGAUCCUCAAAAUCAUCCCCGGCCGUGUGUCCACCGAGGUGGAUGCCAGGCUGUCGUUCAACACAGAGGCGUCCAUUGCCAAGGCCCUGCGUCUGAUUGCGCUGUACAAGGAGGCCGGCGUCGACAAGAAGAGGAUCCUCAUCAAGCUGGCCUCCACCUGGGAAGGCAUCCAGGCUGCAAAGGUCUUGGAGUCCGAGCACGGGAUCCACUGCAACAUGACCUUGCUCUUCAACUUCACUCAGGCGGUGGCCUGUGCGGAGGCCGGGGCCACGCUCAUCUCCCCAUUUGUGGGGCGCAUUCUGGACUGGCACGUGGCCAACACGGCCAUCAAGAGCUUCCAGCCCCUGGAGGACCCCGGGGUGCUCAGCGUGACCCGCAUCUACAACUACUACAAGCGCUUCGGACACUCCACGGUGGUCAUGGGGGCCUCCUUCCGCAACGUGGGACAGGUGCGGGCCCUGGCCGGAUGCGACCUCCUCACCAUCAGCCCGGCUCUCCUGUCCGAGUUGGCCAUCUCUAUAGAACCUAUUGUGCAGUACCUGUCGGAAGACAAAGCCAAAAAAUUGGACUUGGAAAAAGUGGAGGUGAACGAAGCCAUCUUCCGCUGGGAGCUGAACGAAGACCAGAUGGCGACGGACAAGUUGUCCGACGGCAUCCGCAAGUUUGCGGCAGAUGCAGUGAAGCUUGAAAACAUCCUCAAAGAGAAGCUCCAGUGAGGUACAUUGUGUUGCCCCACAACGGUUUUGGGAGGGGGGUGAAGAAUUGUUCAAAUUAUUUUAUAAAGAGACGCACCGCUCGCGAUGCAACGUGCGUCGCGGCGUCGGCCUAAUGUCCUAUUCUCCGCAAUAAAUUGCUCGUUUUGUUA